GUUGGGCCCCGCCGCGGCGUAAAUAGCCCCAGCRGCGCAAAUGUCAAGCGCGAGCGAUGGAAUCGCCCCGUUCUCGUGCUCUCCGGCUGUACGUUGGGAGGUGCUGGAAAUAGCACCGUCCAUAUGGGCUGCCGUGAGCUUGCCGGGCUAUUUUAAGCACUGCUGAACCUUGUGGCUGGCGCUUUUGGGGAGCCAGAGGACAGAGGCGGCCGCGCACGUGCCUCAACAGGUUUAGACAAUAUUCUCGUGGGAAAUCUCUGGAUGAGUUUUCUGCUGGGUUUCGGGUGUCUGCGUGCUGUACAGGUGACAUCUGCGCCGCGCCAUGGUGGCCCGAGGAGCGUGAGGCUGUGGCGCUGGGGACCCUGAAGGGCAGCGGGCGCGCGGGGAGGAAUGCUCCGGUGGGCCGUGCACCUGGAAGGCGGGCCCCGGAGGGUGAACCACGCCGCCGUGGCCGUCGGGCACAAGGUCUAUUCCUUCGGCGGCUACUGCUCUGGAGAAGACUAUGAGACCCUGCGGCAGAUCGAUGUCCACGUUUUUAAUGCAGUGUCUCUGCGCUGGAUCAAGCUGCCUCCGGUGUGGACAAACAGCCGAGACCACGUGAGAGAGGUGCCCUACAUGAGGUAUGGGCACUCRGCAGUGCUCAUAGAUGACACCAUCUACAUAUGGGGCGGUCGCAACGACACUGAAGGAGCCUGCAAUGUCCUCUAUGCCUUUGAUGUCAACACGCACAAAUGGUUCACACCGAAGGUGACUGGGAUGGUGCCAGGAGCCAGGGAUGGACACUCGGCCUGUGUCCUGGCCAAGAGCAUGUUUAUCUUUGGAGGCUACGAGCAGCUGGCCGACUGCUUUUCUAACGACAUCCAUAAAUUGGACACCACGAGCAUGAUGUGGACCUUAAUCUCUGCCAAGGGCACACCAGCUCGUUGGAGAGACUUCCAUUCGGCCACUAUCAUCGGAACAAAGAUGUACGUGUUUGGUGGCAGGGCAGAUCGGUUUGGGCCGUUUCAUUCCAACAAUGAGAUCUACUGCAACCGGAUUAAAGUGUUUGACACAGAAACAAACUCCUGGCUUGACUCCCCACCAACUCCAGUGCUCCCCGAAGGCCGGCGGAGUCAUUCGGCCUUCAGCUACAAUGGGGAGCUCUACGUGUUUGGUGGCUACAAUGCACGCCUGAACAGACACUUCCAUGACCUUUGGAAAUUCAAUCCAGUUUCUUUUUCUUGGAGGAAGAUUGAGCCCAAAGGGAAAGGCCCGUGUCCUCGACGCCGACAGUGCUGCUGCAGAGUGGGGGACAAAAUCAUUCUCUUUGGAGGCACCAGCCCAUCUCCAGAGGAGGGAAUGGGGGAUGAGUUCGACCUCAUGGAUCACUCGGACCUCUACAUCCUCGACUUCAGUCCCAGCCUAAAGACGCUGUGUAAGCUAGCGGUGAUUCAGUACAGCCUGGACCAGUCCUGCCUUCCCCACGACAUCAGAUGGGAGCUCACGGCCAUGACCACAAACAGCACCAUCAGCCGCCCCAUAGUGUCCUCGCAGGGCUGAAGCUGCCUCGUGCCUCCGCCCUCCCCUCUCCCCUCAUCUCUUGUUCCGCUGCCUGCAUGAAUUUCUACCCCUUGAAGCGAGAAACGUGCGUGAGCUCUGUUCGUGCCGCCCUCGACGGGCCUCCCUCUGCCCAUGGUGCCGCUCCAGCACACGGAGGUUGGGGCAGAGCAGGCCCUUGGACAAGAGAUCGGCGCACGCAUGAACCCCAUCGUUGGUGCUACCUCCAGGGCCUCUCAUGUUGGUUCCCCUGGCCUGGCGAACUGUGGCUGUGCUGCCCUUGGGCCUGGCCCUGCUCCCAGGGCCUGAGCAGACUCCCAGCACCACCUGUAGCCCUGGGCUCAGGCUACGAACUGUUCCUGUGCGAGCGGGGCCUUCGCUGCCUGCCUGGACUGGCCUCGGGGCAUCCACCCGAGCCCAGGCCCCGUGCCGC